AUGGAAACUCCACCACCUUCUUCCACCUUCCUCCUCCUUUUAUCCAUCCUUCUCAUCGCUCCGCCGCUCACCUCCGCCGCCGGCGGCCCCGGCCCCAGCUGCCGCUCCUUCUGCGGCAACAUCACCGUCGACUACCCGUUCGCCCUCCACGACGGCUGCGGCCACCCGGGUUUCCGCGACCUCCUCUUCUGCAUCAACUCCGUCCUCAUGUUCCACAUCGCCUCGGGCUCCUACCGCGUCCUCGACAUCGACUACCCUUACCGCUCCCUCACCCUCCACGACCCGCACCUCUCCACCUGCGACGACGUCGUUUUGUCCCCCACCCCGUUGGCGAACGGCUUCGUCCUCGACCCGUCUCGCUCACCGUAUUUCUCCCCUUCACCGGACAAUGUUUUCAUGCUCAUCGGCUGCUCCCCUACCUCCCCUCUCUUCCAGGGGUUCCCGGGAAAGCACCUCCCCUGCCGGAACGUCUCCGGGAUGGGUUGCGAGGAGUAUUACGGCUGCGAGGGUUGGAGCAAGCUCGGAUCCCACCGGCGGGGCUCCGAGUCCGGGUCGUACGGGUCAACCCCGCCCGAGUGCUGUGCGGUGUCGUUUGAGGCGAUCAAAGCGAUCAACCUGACGAGGCUGGAGUGUCAAGGUUACAGCAGCGCGUAUACUCUGGCGCCGCUUCGGGUCGACGGGCCCGCGGGUUGGUCGUAUGGGAUCCGGGUAAAGUAUUCGGUUCAAGGGAGCGAGGAGUUCUGUCGGGCCUGUGAGGCUACGGGCGGGUCGUGCGGGUUCGGGUCGGACGGGGAGAGGCAGCUUUGCAUGUGCCCCGGGUUUAAUUCCACUUCCAAUUGCGACAAGGGAAGUAUUGCGGAUAUGUCAGCGUCGGUGAAAAGGGAAGUGGAAUUGGAGUUCGUCAUAGCCACGUGGGCAGGACUGUUGCUGCUCGUGUUAGCAUGGAUGGCCUAG